UAGAACGGGUGAUGCUAACAGCUAGCUGUGGUAGCUGUGUGACUGAUGAAGAGUUGAACAGUUUGAUCUGUGACAGAGGAACUGAGUUAAAUACAGUUCUGCGGACAACAAGACCAGAAUAGAUGAUACAAGAAGCAAGCGUAGAUCUAUAAAUAUGAACAUCAAGAGAAGAAAUCAAACAGUGGACCUAGUACAGGAAUUUUAUAACUACACAGAUGCAGCGGGAGGAGAAGCAGCUGGAGGCUUCGGUGGACUCGCUCAUCUCUCGGGUGGCUCACGUUAAAAACGCUCUGCACAGUUUCAUCUACAAGCUGGAGAACGAGUACGAGCGACUGACGUGGCCUUCUGUUUUGGACAACUUCGCUCUUCUAUCCGGUCAGCUGAACACGAUCAAUAAACUGCUCAAGAACGAGAAGACGCCUUCCUUUCGCAACCAGGUUAUCAUCCCACUGCUUCUGUCUCCAGACCGGGAUGAGGAUUUAGCAAAACUCACGGAGCAGCGUGUCCCAGUCUUCAGCCAUGAGAUUGUUCCAGACUACCUGCGGACCAAGCCCGAUCCAGAGGUGGAGGAGCAGGAGAAACAGCUGAGUGCAGAGGCAGCACGGAUCGGCCCAGAGGUGGCACAGAAACAGAUCCAGACGCUGAACAAACUAUGUUCAAAUCUGCUAGAGAAGCUCAACAAUCCUCGUGAUGACAGAGAUGCAGAAAGUGCAGCAAUACGACAGAACAAACCGUCUUUCAACCCCGCCGACACCAACGCGCUGGUCGGAGCUGUCGCGUUUGGAAAGGGGCUUUCCAAAUGUAGGCCUCCAGGUCCAGUGGCCCCUGGACAUCCAGGACAAGGGCCCAUGAUGAGUGGAGGCCCGACCUUACAGCAGGUCACCAUUGGCGGUGGUUCAGCCCAGCAAGCAGGUAUGGGAGGAUCUGUGGCUCAACAGCCGCAAGGGCAGCCAGGUAGGAGACCUGGAGAGCUGGGUAAAAUGCCGAGCAGCAUCAAGACAAACAUCAAAUCUGCGUCCGGUUCAAUGCACCCUUACAACCGAUGAGCCGCUUCAUUAUCAUUCCCUCAUCCAAACAUUUGUUCCAUUUCCGAGACUCACCUGCAGCAACGACGUUUAGAAUACACACUUUUUAUAUGAAGCUGUUAUUUUCAGUAAGUUAUCCCUCUGCUCUGUCUGAUGCUGUUUCAUUGACACUCUAUAAAAUGAUCUCAAACAUCAAAUCUAAACAUUUGAAAGCAUCAGGAACCAUGUUUUUGUUUUUUAUACAACAGCUGAGCCUCUGUGUUUGAGCCCCUAGAUGGCAGUAUGUCAUCAUCUCCAGGAUCUGACAGUUUGUAUUGUGAACUGUGCUCCGACUCUUUUUCAAUAAAAGACGUGUUCAAAGGA